AUGGCGGCCAGGACGGCGGGUGGGGGGCGCUGGGAGGUAGUGAAGAAGGGGCGACGGUCUGCGGCCGGCAGCAGUAAAAAAGCUGGCGGCGGAGGGGACCGCCGGGCACUUGGGGAAGCGAACGGAGUGUGGAAAUUCGACCUGACGCCUCCAAUCCAGACGACAAGUACCCUUUAUGAGUUGGGCUUUGAGAAAAUCAUGAAACGGCAGAACAAGGAGCAGGUUCCACCUCCUGCUGUGGAACCCAAGAAACCAGGGAACAAGAAGCAGCCUAAGAAGGUGACAACCAUCAGUAACCAAAACCAGAAGCAGGGCCGCUUCCGCAGCUUGGAGGCAGCGCUGAACGCACUGGACGUGGCAGCUCUGCAGAAGGAACUGGACAAGAGCCAGAGCGUGUUCUCUGGGAACCCAUCCGUGUGGUUGAAGGACCUGGCCAGCUAUCUCAACUACAAGCUACAAGCUCCUCUAAGUGAACCCACGUUAAGCCAGCACACCCACGAUUAUCCCUACAGCCUGGUGAGCCGGGAGCUGCGUGGGAUCAUCCGGGGGCUGUUGGCGAAGGCAGCAGGGUCUCUGGAGCUUUUUUUUGACCACUGUCUAUUCACUAUGCUGCAAGAGCUGGAUAAGACACCAGGGGAGUCGCUACAUGGUUACCGCAUCUGUAUCCAGGCCAUACUGCAAGACAGGCCCAAGAUUGCCACCACAAACCUGGGCAAGUUCCUGGAGCUACUGAGGUCCCACCAGAGCCGACCAGCAAAGUGUCUAACCAUCAUGUGGGCACUGGGUCAAGCGGGUUUUGCCAACCUCACCGAGGGACUGAAAGUGUGGCUGGGGAUCAUGAUGCCUGUGCUGGGCAUCAAGUCUCUGUCUCCCUUUGCCAUCGCAUAUCUGGAUCGGCUGCUCCGGAUGCACCCCAACCUCACCAAGGGCUUUGGCAUGAUUGGCCCCAAGGACUUCUUCCCACUUCUGGACUUUGCCUAUAUGCCUAACAACUCUCUGACACCUGGCCUGCAGGAGCAUCUGUGUCAGCUCUACCCCCGACUGAAGGUGCUGGCAUUUGGGGCGAAGCCAGAAUCCACCCUGCAUACCUAUUUCCCCUCCUUCCUGUCCAGAGCCACCCCUAGCUGUCCCCCUGAGAUGAAGAAAGAGCUUCUGAGCAGCCUGACUGAGUGCCUGACUGUGGACCCCCUCAGCACCAGUGUCUGGAGGCAGCUGUACCCCAAGCACCUGUCACAAUCCAGCCUGCUGCUGGACCACUUGCUCAAGUCCUGGGAGAGGAUUCCCAAGAAGGUGUGGGCAUCUUUGCAAGAAACUGUUGAGUCCUUCAAGCUUACCAACCAGGAGCUGCUGAAGAAGAGUAACUGUAGUAACCAGGAUGUCAUCACCUGUGAUGCUGCCUGCAAGGUUUUGCUGCAGCAGGCCCGGGGUCCUCAGCUGCCCUGGACACGGCUGCUCCUGUUGGUGCUGGUGUUUGCUGUAGGCUUCCUGUGCCAUGACUUCCGGUCACACAGCUCUUUCCAGGCCUCCCUUUCUGGCCGGUUGCUUCAGUCAUCUGGCUUCUUGCCUGCUGGUCAACAAGCGUGUGCCAAGCUCUACUCCUACAGCCUGCAAAGCUACAGCUGGCUAGAGGAAACAUUGCCAGCCUGGAGCUCCCACCUAUACGCCGUGGUAAGGCCCAGCUUACAGCAAGCCUGGGCCCACACCAGUGCCAUAGUCAACUUCCUUUCUACCCACUGUGCCUCCCACCUUGCCUGGUUUGGUGACAGCCUCGCCAGCCUCUCCCAGAGGAUACAGACCCAGCUCCCAGAUGCUCUGAACCAGCUGCUCCAUUCUCUGAAGGAGCUUCUGUUGCUUCUGUACCAGAACGUGCUGCUGCCGCUAUGGCAUGUACUACUUGAGGGCCUGGCCCGGGCCCAGGAGCACUGCCAUGAGGUGUGCAGAGGUGACAUAACUUGGGACUGCGUGAAAACACAGCUCAGUGAGGCUGCCCACUGGACCUGGAUCUGCAUACAAGACAUCACAGUGGCUUUCUUGGACUGGGCACUCGCCAUGAUAUCACAGCAAUAG